AAUCGUAGAAUGCAUAAAAAAGUGAUACAAAUUUAAUCUUCUUGAGUGACUUGGAUAAGGGAAAGAUAAAUGGCAUAAUAAAUACAUAUAAUGAGAUAUUUAUUCCGCUUGUCAUCCUCUGGAGGUAGAAACUCCCGUUACUGAAAAAAAUUGACAUUUAAAAGUUUUUCGUGAAAAAAAAAUUUUUUUUUUAAGAAAAAGUACGUGUUGCAGUAUUUUUAAGGACACAAUGGUCGUUUAAUGUGAUUUGUGUUUGUUCAAAACCAACAAAAAAACAUGACGUUGCUCGGUAUCGAGGAGAAUUUAACGAGAGAUUAUCCGAGCAGCAAUGAAACGCAGCAACUUUUGGAGGGCAACGAAAACAACGAUGACUUGCAUCCCGUUCGCGAUUCGUUGGGUGUCGUUAUCCCCAUAACCAUCAUCUACUUCUUGAUAUUUGUGACAGGCGUAAUUGGCAACAUCACGACUUGCAUCGUCAUAUCGCGCAACAAAUCCAUGCAUACCGCCACGAAUUACUACUUGUUCAGCCUGGCGAUUUCGGAUUUUGUGUUGCUCGUGAGCAGCGUGCCCGUGGAAAUUUUCUUCAUUUGGUACAAAUAUCCGUACGUUUUUGGCGAGACUUUUUGCAUUUUGCGCGGCGUUGCGGCCGAAGCGAGUGCCAAUGCGACAGUUUUGACGAUACUGGUUUUCACCAUCGAACGAUACAUGGCAAUUUGUCAUCCAUUUCUGUCGCAUUCAUUUUCGCGUCUCUCACGUUGCGUCAAGCUGAUAAUUUUCAUUUGGUGUCUGUCGAUUUUCUAUGCUGUGCCGCAGGCGUUGCAAUUUGGCGUCGUGAAAAUUCGGCCCAACAUGGAGCAAUGUGUCGUCGUCAAGGUCAUCAUUCAGCAUUCCUUCGAGCUGUCGACAUUUUUGUUCUUUUUUGCACCCAUGACGCUAAUUACCGUUUUGUACAUUUUAAUUGGAUUGAAACUGCGGGCCUCGACAAUGAAGCGCGAAAAUAGCUCCAUGGAGAAACGGUACCACAACACCACGCAAUCCUCCCGACGCGUUAUUAAGAUGCUCGUGUGUGUCGUUGUCGCCUUCUUCCUUUGUUGGGCACCGUUUCAUGCACAGCGACUAAUCUAUAUUUAUGGCACGAAUAAAAAUCACACAGCAAGUCAUCCGAUCAUGUUGAAGUUGUACAUUGUCAUGACUUAUAUUUCGGGAGUUCUUUACUAUUUGUCGACGUGCAUCAAUCCCUUUCUCUACAACAUCAUGAGUCGCAAGUUCAGAGAAGCAUUUAAGUCGGUUUUGUUUAGAAGCACUUGCAAAAAAUAUUUCGUUUGUCUGCCAAAAACGAUCCAGAGCAAACCUGUACAAUACUCGCGAGGAGCCAGCGGCAGUUUGGCUCGAGAUGCAAGUCGACAAAAUCAAACACUAUUGAAAACUCAGGAACGUUAAUUAACAAGAAAUAUUUACGGAGUAUGGGAAAAAGUCAAUUAACAAAAAUAUAAAUCUUUCAUUAGAAUACGUAAGAAAAUUAUAAAAAGUUUUAAACACAAAAUUAAAUGGACC